AUGCAAACACGUUCAACAUUAGAUACAAGUUCAAAUAAUUUAUUUACAAAUAUUGAACGAUUAGGUACACGUGAUUUAUUAUUCUAUGGACAACUUUCAUAUGAUACUAUAUUAACAUCAAUCCAAAAACAAACAAUAAUUGCUAGUUCAUCAAUAAUAUCAUCAUCAGAUAAUAUUCUUAUUGAACUUGUUGAAGAAUUAUAUACACGUACAAAGCAAUCAUCAACAUUACCAUAUGAAGCUUUACUUUUAUUACGUCCUUUAUCAUUAUUACUUGCACACAUUAGUUUUUUUUUUCGGGCUUUAAUUAAUGCACGUUAUUCAGCUAAAGUUAAUGAAUGGACUUUAUUAUCAAUGACAAAUAUUGCACAAAGAAAAUCACUAUGUAUGGCUAUAUGGGAGUUAACUUGUCUUAUGUUAAGUGCAUGUCUAUCACAGGGUGUGGCUGUGGAUGAAGACAAGACCUAUAAUGAUAUCCACACUCACACCAUCUUAUGA